UGUAUGUGACUUCUGAACCAACGAGUAAUUAUACCUCUCCUCAAUUGCCGUUGAGAUUAAACAUGCGGAUAAUUGCACACAAUAAUAGAAAUAUAUUACAAAAUACCUUGAGACGGCUCGAUCGUUGACUGAAGAUAUACUACUCUACAGGUAUUCUGUGAUGUAAAAUUAUGUUUUUUGUUAAUCAAUAUCAUACUAGAACAAUUUUCAAUUACAAGAAGAAAUAUAGAUGUUGGGGUCUCUAAAAACUUCAUAGUGCACGUAUAAUUUCACAUAUCAGUCUCUGUGUUUAAAACUUAAAAAUUCCGAAGUGAAUCUGCUUGUAAAAGGAAUUCAUAUGUCCUACACAUCACAUUGGCUGAUACACAUACAGGAUGGUACAAAAACGGUAAACACUAAUAGAAGAACGACUGUUGACUCUAUCUCCAAAGUCGACCUCCAGUAAUAGCGAUACAAUGGACAACGCAGGACCUGUUUCCACUUCAACCCACAAAAGCUCACAACGGAAAUUUUUCCAAUGGGCAGUUAAAUGGUUUUAUACCGAUCAGACUGAAAAUAUUAACAUGAAACCUGAUCUUCCUGAACUGCUAUGUCUGCUACAAGCGAUAGGCUUCCAACUACGUGAAUUCGAAAAACGUGAAGAUACUAUUUCUGAAAGCAGAAGCAAAAGCGAUAGCCUGAAAGUUAUCAUGGAAUGUAGCUCAUCGAAGAUGAGAGCUGUAAUGGAGUUGGUAGAUAUAACUUGUCAGUGCCCAAACCAAGAUGAUGCACGGGAUGCUUCUUUUUGGAGUGUGAGUGGGAGUGGCCCCAUAGGAAGCAUGGAGAAUAUGAACAAAGUCAUGGAAACUGGGAGUAAUCUUCUACCUUCUGUUUCAAAAGACGUGACAAACGUUGUUCGUGACGUCACUCAAUACUUGUUCAAGUUGCUUAAGAAUGUUCCAGAUGUCAACCAAAACACAGAUUUAAAUUUCAAUCUAUCAGCACUCGAGGGCUCUGUAAAAUCUUCCUGUGAUACCAAAGUUGCUUUACUUGGGCGACGUCACACUCAACCAGAUUUCAAUACAGGAAGAUGUAGAUCAUUAGAUGCACUCAUGAAGAAAGAUGAGAAUUCGAGUGACGCACCUUCUGCAGCAUUGCCUUUGCCGCCGAUGGAUGUUCUUGUACUGAGGAAUCAACCCACCGCUGUUUCCUUACGUGAGCAACAACAGCAAUCAUGGAUUAAACAAUGUCCUCAAUUCGAAACACCGAAUAAUGACCGCAUGAGUUCUUCUCCAGUUGCCUCAGCUGCAAUUCUUCCAGUUCUCCGGCGUCAGAAAACUUUUGAUAUGGAUGUUGGGUCAAUAGUUGAAGGAGAACCUCGUCCAUCUCCGCCUAGAAUUUCAAGCUCUCCGGUCCCAAUACCUCAGCUUUGCAUGUCGCUUGGCCAGAUUUCACUACAGAGCGAUGUUAAGGACGUUCCGUUAAUAGAAAUGCUGUUGAACGCGAAAAAUAAUUUAGAGCUUGCUCUGAAAAUGCUGAUUAAUAGUCCGUCAGCUUCAAUUGUAACGUUGGAUGAUGGCUUUGUGAAACCAGUGCGACUGGAUAAUUUUUCCUCUAAGAGCAGCCCAGGAAAUAUUUCACAGUCAGAAUCAAGCUGCUCGCUACCUGUUAAUCCCGUAACUAAGAAUUCAAAUCUGCAGAGAUCUGUACGCAGAAAUGUUGCUUCUUCCUUUCAAAAAAGUUCCGACGGACUUAGGUCAUCAGGAAACAACAAAUCGAUGUCAACUAACAGAAGUUUGCCGCAACGAAAGAGUACAGCCUCGCGGUCAACUUUGUCAAAGCCACAGCCACCAAAAAUUGAUACCACUAGACCAGGAACUAGCGGUGUCUCCUCUGGUUCUUCCAUAUCCAGACCAAUUAUUACAGCAAGACGUAGGGUUUCACCAGAUCCAAAGAACAGCUCAAGUCUAAUUCAAAGGCCUAGCAGUUCUUCAAAUACAUCAUCAAUUUCAAAAUCUUCACUGCAGACUUUUUCCAAGUUGCAACAAAAUGUAGCUUCACCUGCAAAAAUUCUACCUACAGCCACAGCAAACAAAUUUGGUUUCGUUAAGAAGAAACUUUAGACUUUCAUUUGAUUUUCCAUUUAUUCGCGAUCCCUCUGUAAUGUCUUGGUAUUACAUACUUCUGAUUGUUGAUUGAUAAUUGAUUAAUGAAAUCAUAGAUAAUUUAAUGCGAUUGUAGUGCAAUUGAUUAUAAAUAGAUACUAUAUUUGUAUUAGCCGCUAAGGCUCUAAAUUGUAUUCUUGUCAUACAAUCGUGUACGUUGAGAGUAUGAGCAAUGAACUCGAUUUUAAGGGGAAUUAAAUUGUUCAUUUUUUUGCUGAUCAA